AUGCAGCACGUCGACACCCGAAGAGUUGAGGAUCGACCUCUGGCAUCGACGACGAGGCAGUGCGACCACGAAGUUCAAGCGACCGGCGGCAUCGCAUUCGAUGAAUAUACCUCAGUCAUGGUGAUCGAGAAGCAUGGAUCGUCGUUUGCUUCUUUCUGUCGUGUGGCUUCCUUCUGUCAACAUCGACGAACUCUCACGCAUCAGGACAGCCAACGCGACAAUGAAGGCAGUCCGUCUUCUCCCUCUGCUUCUGGCUGUGGUGGCUCCUUGCGCGUCUCAGGGCGUGGCAGAGGUCCUCCUAGUCAACGGCACCAUCCACCAAUUGGACAACGAGUCAAUAGUGUUCAGCCCAGGAAGUCUGGCUUAUUCAAACGGCACCAUCACCUGCGUUGGAACGACGAAGACGUUCGCGCCAAUUGCGAGAUCGACGAUUCGACCCAAGUCAUUGACCUCCAGGGGAGGACGGUCAUCCCCGGUUUGAUAGACGCCCAUGUCCAUCCCAUCGAAGCGGGUCAGGCACUGCUUGGCUGCACCCUCGCAUACCGCCAGCUCAAUGAGACGGAUUUACGGACAAUCAUCCAGGCAUGUCUUGACCGCGAGCGCAACACGGCCUCUGCAGAUAUAUGGCUCACCGUCACUGAAUUCGACCGCGAAGGGUUCACGGACAUCAACGGCCGGCCUAACGCAACCAUGCUCGACGCGCUAAACACCACCCGCCCCAUUCUCGUCAUCGCCACCAACCAGCACAACGUCUGGGUGAACACCCGCGGCCUCGCCGUCCUGAACAUCACGCGAGACACCCCUGAUAUCCCUGGGGGCAGGAUCGUCAAAGACGCGAACGGCUUCCCCACGGGCAUCCUCGAAGAAAAUGCGUCGGGAAUGGCGCGUGGUGCCGCUGGGGCGUCGGGUUCUAGCGCCAGUCGAGAGGACGGCGCGCGCGUUGCGGUUGCGGAGUUCCGCAAGAACGGCAUCACCUCCUUCCUGGACGCCCUCGCGCCCCAGUCCACCGUCUGGAGCGAGCUCAAGGCCGAGGGAGCCCUCACUGCGCGCAACUGGAACGCGUUUGGCGUCUUCGGGCUCACCGACCCCGCGCAGCUCACAGAACUCGCGCAGAACGCGUCGCGUGCGCUCGACGAGGGACCGAUCACGCUCGCACCGGGCUCCGUCUGGAAGCACGUCAAGCUCUUCAUGGACGGCGUCCUCUCGCAGGUGUCCGAGUCUGCCACGCUGCUCGAACCGUACCUCGUCGACGCGGGCAACGGUACGUACGUCCCCGGGACCAACACCGGCAUCCCCGCCGCCUCUCCCGCCCAGCUCGCGGACCUGCUCACGCGCGUCCUCGGGCUCAACCUCGGGAUCGGGCUGCACGUCCACGCCGUGGGCGACGCCGCGGUGCGCCAGGUGCUCGACGCCGCGGCCGCGCACGCGCUCAACCACACCCUCCGUCCGGGCGAGCUGGCGAUCGCGCACGCGGAGCUCGUCAGCGCGGAGGAUCAUGCGCGGUUCGCGAGGCUCGGGCUCCCAGCGGUGAUGUCGUACCAGUGGGCGCAGCGCGCGACGUACUGGAACGAGCCGACGCAGCGCUCACUGGGCCCCGCGCGCAUGGGCGCCGUCGAGCCGCACGCGGUCCUCGCGGAGGCCGGGACGAAUAUCGUGUAUGGGUCGGACUGGCCAGUGGAUCCGCUCGACCCGUUCCUCGCACUCAAGAUCGCGGUGACGCGCGAGGGCUCGCUGAGCAACCCCCACUCCCACGCGAGCUUUGGGCCGCGCUUCGUAGGACGCAUCGACGAGCAGCCGGCGCUCUCGCGCGAGCUGGCACUCCGUGGUAUGACGAGCAACGCGGCGACCUACCUUGGGGUGGCGAACAAGCUCGGCUCGCUUGAGGUGGGCAAGUUCGCGGAUUUGCUAGUCCUCGACCGCCCGUACUUUGAUAGCGCGCAGGUCUCUGAUGAGGAACUUGACAAGAAUAAGGUGUUGUUGACUGUCGUUGGCGGCAGGGCGGUCUUUGCAGACGAAGAGGCUACAUUCGUGCCGUCUGGGCUCGUUCGUCGCUCUUCUGUUGAGGAUGAGGAGCUCGAAGCCCGCGUGGAGCGCCGCAACAUCUUGCCUCGCACGGUCACUGGUCGUAGCUGCACCUUCGGCGAUAUACACGGACAAGCCCAUGCCCACGGCGAGCUAUGA